GUCAUGAGAUUUGAGAGGCAGAGGGGAUUGAGGGGGUAGAAAGGAUUUAGGGGGGCACAGGGAUUUGGAGGGAAGAGGAGAUUAAGGGGCCCACAGAGAUUGGGGUGAGGAAAUGGGAUUUGGGGGACACAGGGAUUUGGGGGACACCCUCCCCCGCACCGUGUCCCCAAGGCCUCGCUGACCCCCUGCCCCUCCUUCCCAGAGCACCUUCCGUGUCCUGGCUCCGCCCGGUCCCAGCCCGGGCUCCCGCUUUUCCCGCCUCUGGAAAUAUGUCCGAGGGAGUGGAUCUGAUUGACAUCUACGCCGACGAGGAGUUCACCCAGGACCCGGAGUUCAGUAAUGCUGACCAGAUGGAUCUCUACGACGACGUGUUAGCAGCCAGCUCCCAGCCCCAGGAAAAGCGUUCCAGCAGCUCGGAAGCGCCUCCAGAGAUCCGUCAGGAGCCGUCUCCCAAGCCCAACAGCAAACCCCCGGCCAUCCUGUACACCUACAGCGGACUCCGGAACAAGAGGGCUGCCGUCUACGUUGGGAGCUUCUCCUGGUGGACGACUGACCAGCAGCUGAUCCAGACCAUCCGCUCCGUCGGAGUCUACGACGUGGUGGAGCUGAAAUUCGCGGAGAACCGAGCCAAUGGCCAAUCCAAGGGGUAUGCGGAGGUGGUGGUCGCCUCCGAGAAUUCGGUCCAUAAACUCCUGGAGCUGCUUCCCGGAAAGAUCCUGAAUGGAGACAAGGUGGAGGUGAGGCUGGCGACCCGGCAGAACCUGUCGCAGUUCGAGGCUCAGGCUCGCAAACGUGUGCCACCACGGGCCCACUCCCGAGAUUCCAUGGAUGCAGUGGACGGCCGGGCAACGCCGACAGAGAACGCGCUGCCCCCCGCCCGCAUGGAGAAGCCCCCCUCAGUCCUGCCCUUCUUCAGCCGCCCCCCUGCGCUGCCCCUCAUG